AGUAAAAAAGCCUGUUUCUUCCUCUUUUAGUAUAUAUAAAGAAACCAUUUUUCACCAUUCAAAAGGCCAUUUCUGUAAAUUUAGUUCGGUGUCUCCAAUUCAGAUUCUUCCUAACGAAUCAUUUACUGAUCAUUUUGUUUUUUUUGGAAUUAUAGAGAAAGAAAGAGAAAGACUCUGAUCUCUCUCUUUCUCUCUUUCCCAUUUUAUAAUCCAAGAAACAAAUCUUAGGUUACGUUCUUUCUUUUUCUUCCUUGUUAUUACAAGAAUCCUAGGGUUCUUUUUUUUGAACUUUUGGUUCUGUUUCGUGUGUGAGGGUUCUCCGGGAGCUAGGUUUGAUGAUAAUGUUGGACAUCAUCUCAAACCAGCUCCUUCUCUGAAUCCAUUUCGUCCACCAUUGUUGUUGUAUUUACGUUCAUCAAUACCAUCAUAUCACGAGUUUAUUUAUUUAACAAAAAAAAAAAAGAUGAGGUGUUUCUCUUGUCUCACCACCCAAACCAAGGACAUGAAAAUCAACAUUGAUACCCUUUCCGACCUAACCGAUUAUUCCUCAGUUAAGACAAGAAGCGGUUCAAGAGGAACAGGGUCUAAAUCUGGCAUUUUAGUUAAUGGGAAAGUGAACAGCGAUAAACCGGGUGGUGGCGCUCGGAGUUUCACGUUCAAGGAGUUAGCUGCCGCCACUAAGAAUUUUAGGGAGGUGAAUAUGAUCGGAAAAGGAGGCUUUGGGAGUGUUUACAAGGGACGUUUAGAUUCAGGACAAGUGGUGGCGAUCAAGCAGUUAAACCCGGGUGGACAUCAAGGGAAUCAAGAAUUCAUAGUAGAGGUCUGUAUGCUCAGCGUCUUCUAUCAUCCAAAUCUAGUAACUUUAAUCGGUUACUGCACUUCUGGUGCUCAGAGACUUCUCGUUUAUGAAUACAUGCCAAUGGGUAGCUUAGAAGAUCACCUUUUUGAUCUUGAGCCUGAUCAGACUCCGCUAAGCUGGAACACUCGGAUGAAGAUAGCGGUUGGUGCAGCUAGAGGGAUUGAGUAUCUCCACUGUAAAAUAAGCCCAUCCGUGAUUUACCGAGAUUUGAAAUCAGCAAACAUUUUGUUAGAUAAAGACUUUAGCGUCAAGCUUUCUGAUUUUGGACUCGCCAAGGUUGGUCCUGUGGGAAACAGGACACAUGUGUCGACUCGGAUCAUGGGCACUUACGGAUACUGUGCUCCAGAAUACGCAAUGAGCGGGAGAUUGACCAUUAAAUCGGAUAUCUAUAGCUUCGGUGUAGUGUUGCUUGAGCUGAUCUCCGGCAGGAAAGCUAUUGAUUUGAGUAAACCAAACGGAGAGCAGUACCUUGUUACGUGGGCGCGACCAUACCUCAAGGACCCUAAGAAAUUUGGACAACUAGUUGAUCCCUUGCUACGGGGAAAGUACUCGAAGAGGUGUCUUAGCUACGCGAUUGCUAUAACCGAGAUGUGCCUUAAGGAAGAAGCGAAUUACCGACCGAAAAUAGGAGAUGUUGUGGUGGCAUUUGAGUACAUAGCCGCUCAGAGCAAAUCUCAUGAAACUCGAAGAGCGGCCCGCAAGUCUACGGACUCCGACCGUUCACGAGGGGAUACAACAAAACAGAGUUACUAAAUUUUAUGAGUCAUCAUUUUAAAUGAAUAACCUCUGCUAGAAACAGAAGGUUCCUUCCUAAGGCCGCGAUAUGUUUGUGCUUUUUUCCAGGGGUUUUUGUUUUAGUCAGCUUUUUCAAUGGGAUUUGGUCGGGUGAACCGAUGAAGAGAUUUUUUUUUUUGUUUUGGGCUUGAUGAAGUAAAUGGUGCUUUGUAAAAUCUAAAAAAACUGAACUCUUACGUUCAAAAAUAAUAUA